AUGCAAACAGAAAAAGAACCGACGAAUAUGGCUUGUAAUCAGUUUUUUAGGUUGAUUUUUCAUGCAGUAUCAGUAUUUUAUGCUGUGCAAACCCUCAGCCUGCUAGUGGCGGACAAAACAGAUGCGCAGAGGCAGGUUCUGUCGUUACUUUCAAAUAUCAAAGACCUGUUCUUUCUCUCAGUUACUCUUUUUCUGCAAUAG